UGUCAGACACUUAGAAUAAUAAUCUGAGCCUGUCAGCGGUAAAACCAGCACUUUAGUGAAGGUAAAUACAAGCUGGACAGUUGUCCUAUUAACAAACGUGAAUAAUCUGACUGCAACAAAUGGAGGCAUGGCUGCAGUGUGUUUUUACUUAUUUAUUUCUCAUACACACAUUGAAAGUAGAGAAAAAUGCAACAUCUAAACUCAAGAAAUAUGGAAAAUAUGAUCCAUGGCAUGUCUCAGAGAGUGUGUACCCUUGUUUACUUCCAUCCCAAAACAUUUCACCUGUCAGUCAAACUCCUGAGCUCUACCCUUGGAUCACAUGCAAAGUAAGUGUGCCAAAAAAUGGAGGCAUGGCUGCAAUGUGUUUUUGCUUUUAAUUAUUUGUAAGAUCACCAGAAUCAGAAUCAGAAAAAAGAUUUAUUGCCAUUGCCACAAUAAGUUGCACUUAUGUGGAAUUUGCCUUGGUGGUUGGUGCAUCCAUAAACAACUAACAUAUUAAACAUUAAUAUGAAAUAAACAAUAAAUACAGAAACAAAUAUAUACAAAAUAGCUGUUUUGCAUAAGAAGGAGGCUGAAUGGAUUGAGUGCAGAAUGUGCAGUGAUCCCCUUGAUUGAAAAGAAAGAAAAAAGCAACAUCUAAACUCAGAAAUAUGGAAAAUAUGUCCUUAAUAUCUCAGAAAGUGUGUUGCACUUCCCUCCUAAAACAUUUCACCUGCCAGUCAAACUUCUGACCAAACUCCAUCCCUCCUCCUUCCCUCCUAUGUCCCCUCCUCCUCUCCCACCUUCCCUUCUCUUCCCUCCUUCUCUCCCUCCUUCUCUCCCUCCUCCUUCCCUCCCUCUUCACUUCUCUCCCUCCAUUCCUCCUCCUUCCCUCCCUCCCUCCUUCCUGUUGCCAUCUACGUUCCCAAAGCCUUUUAUUCCUCUCCAUCUCGCCAUCUCUCUCUCCACUCUGUCACACCAUCCCGCAGUCCCUCCCAUUUGCCCCUGUUUAAUUGUGUCUUUAGGCCUACAACUACCCCCCACGCCCACCCCUCCCUUUCAGUCCCACUCGGUGUGUUAAAAUGAAUUUCCACUGAGAAAUAUUUCCCACAAGUCGCACCUCCGCUGGAGAAAGACGUCUGACGCAACCCGCGAGUAUUUUGUUGCGUGGUUCACACGAAGUGUGUGUGUGUGUGUGUGUGUGUGUGUGUGUGUGUGUGUGUGUGUGUGUGUGUGUGUGUGUGUGUGUGUGUGUGUGUGUGUGUGACUGCAUGGUCGUGUGUUGAGGAAAUGAGGGGGGCGUGUGUUGAGCUGGGAGUGCAGCCCGGCCCCCUCACAGGGAAGCCCGGGAGAGCAACAGCUGGAUCAGCAGUCCGCCUGUCCCUCCGCGCAGAGCCGCAGGAUGUAAGAGGGGACGUCCCGUUAAGUCAGUGUAGUGGUGAAAUGUUGAUGAUGUCUUCGCUGCCAGGGGUUGGAUGGACUGUUCUCUGUCUCCUUCUGCUCUGGAAGAGAACGGCAGCUCAAGGUGUGGAGGUGCGAUGCUCCGUGGCACCGGUGGGGGGGCUGCACCCUGUUCGCGGUCUGCUGGAGAGGUUCGAGGCGGGUCCUGGCUGCGCUGCCAGAGAACGAGGAAACAAGGAAACUCACGUCAUUGCAGUGAGGAGAGUAACAAACAGCCCCGAAAACAAGGUGACAGUGUUGCUGAAGCCUUUGUUUCUGCACCCCUCACCUCUCAGAGCCGUCCACCUGCUGCUCAGCUCCAGGCUCCCCGUCACCUGGUGGCUGCAGGCGGAGAGACUGCCCCCCCACCUCCCCGUGCUGGUGCAGGUAUCCUCAAACUCCAGCGUGCAGUCCCACACCCUGCGUCUGGAUGUCCGGACGGUGCAUUCGCUGCCUUUUCGUCCACGUGCGCUGCACCGCUGGGCUCUGAGACACCACGGCAACCUGUCCUCUCUGACAUACAUGCCACACGGCAACCGAGUCUACGUCCAACUGGGAGAGGAUCCAACGCUGCCUGCUGUGUGCCAGCUGCAGUCCAUGUUCCUCUCUCCCAAUUACAUGACCUCGGAGCUGCAGCCGCAGGAAGUGCAGGGCUGCGCUCACGUAUCAGCGGGUGGGAUCAGCCCUGAAGUCCAUGUGAUCAAGCUGCAUUCAGCGGGCUCCGGGCUCUGUGGCUCUCUCCAGGUGGAGGUGAUCAUCUCUCUUGUGCCCCUGGUGGCUUCAAAGAUCCAGACGGUUGUUCUGAUCCUCAGCAGCUCUGUGCCGGUCAACUGGGCCAUCGUUGCUCCAGGUGUCCGGGGUCAUGUCUCUGUUCAUUCCUCCAACAGUGUAUCCCCACCUUACCCCCCUGAGCCUGGCCUGUACCUGUCCAGUACUCUGAACUCUGACCUGUCCACAACAUCUGACCUUCUUGUGUGGGCCAAUGAGAGCGGCUACACCAAGGUGACCUCAUACACCGAGGCUGACCUGGCCAAUCGCUUUGUGAUCCAGCUGGCUGGGGGCAGGACAGGCGUGGCCGCGGGGGUGAAUCCGCUGGUUGGGAGGCCUCCGUGGGCCGAGGAGCGCAGGCUGAGGCAGUGGCUGAACGGAGGAGGCAGACCAGGGGAAGGCCGACAGAGUUUCACGGUGCAGUGUGAGGACGGACGCCUCAGCGUGAGCGUAGACCAACACAUCCUGCAGAGCUUGUCUGUCCCGGUGGCUGCCGUGACUCUACGAGACGCAACGUGCCAGGCUCAGUCCAAUGGAAGUCAUUUCCUGUUGGUGUUUCCAGUCAUUUCCUGUGGCACUGAGGGUCUGCUCCUGGGACAGCCUCGAAGGGUGAAGUACAAAAACAUGGUGUUAUUAUGGAGAGACGAGCCUCAGGCCAUUCUGGCGCUCAAUGAGACAGAAAUGAAGUCCAAAAAUCCACUCGCCGUACAUUUCAGCUGUUCGUCUGAAGUCCCCGCUCUGCCUGGAUCUGCCGACAGUGAUGAUGUCGAUGUAAACAGUCCUCAGGCGGGGCUGCUCCCCUGGGCACCCGAAGGUCCGGGGCCUGAUCCAGGACUGAGCCACCUACCGACACCCAGACACAGAUCCGGGCCUGUUCUUAUUUUGAGGCUCUUUGUCACCGAGAGCUACGAGCAGAAGCGGAUCGGCCCCUGUGUCAUAACUGCAGACCAACGUGUCUAUGUUGAGAUUUCAGCCAAAGGGCCUUUCAUCGAUGUCGUGGAAGUGAAGUCAUGCGUGGUCUCUCCUCAGUCAGACCCCAAAAAGUCUCCUUUCUGGACUGUCAUAAGCGGCGGCUGCUCCUCGGACCCCUCCCUGGCCCUCGUGGGAAACGCAACAGACGAAGAGGACGAAGAGGCCAAAAGUGAUGCUGAAGUGGAAGAGGAAAAGGAAGAGACAGAUGGACCGGAGAAAGGCAGAGAUGUCUCAUUCCGACAUAGUGUUGAGAGAAGAUGGAGAGAAGCACUAGAAAGGAUGGAAAAAAGGAGCACAGAUGUGGGAGAGGAGGAGGAGGAAAUACAGCCGUUGAGAUUUAGUUUCACCCUGCGACCUGUUUUUAAUAACUCAAUUCAGUUCCUACACUGCAGCCUUCGCCUGUGUAUCUCUGACUCGAAAAGAGGGGAACCCACGAAGGAAGCUGUAAAGAAUGACUGUCAGAGUGGGCUACGUAUCCCUCCACUUGUAUCUAGAUCCCCCGGACAUCAGUGUGAGAUCAGAAACCUAUCCAGGCCCAUGGUGGUCACCCAGCCGAUUAGUUCACUAGUACCCAAACUGCUGAGGCCCCCCGCUGGCCCAAGAACCAAGAGCCUGAGCACCUCCCGACUGAACAGUCCAGACCCACAGCACAGCAGACAGGAACCCAAAAGCAGACGAGGACAAGGGGAGCAGAAUGAGCAAAAAGGUGCUGUGGUACAGACAGGACCAGUGAUGGGAAUUGUCUUUGCUGCCUUUGUGAUGGGUGUCUGUCUGAUGGGGGGGCUGUGGUGCAUCUAUCAUUAUACAGGGCCAAGUACAGCGACGCCACGUACAGCGACACUUGGAGAAGAAAGUCAUUUAACAGACACACGCGCCCAUGAAGGCGGCAACAUCUGGAAUCCCCAGUUACCGUCGGAUCAGUCGUCCAGCUCGGUGUAGAGGAUUUCCUGCAAAUCAGAGGAAGGAGAACUGGGACAGCUUGUGUGUGUGCAGAGCCAAUGUUUGUGCACGUCUCCUCCAUCGUUCAUCGCUGUGUUAUAGAAAUGCGAGGGGACUGAAACUUGACUCCUAAAGUCACUACCGGGAAAUGUAAUCUUCGAUCAUAUGGGCAAAUCAUGUAUGACAGGGGGGUCAGACUCAACUUCCCAGAGGGCCAUCCUGGAAAAUUAGAAUCACACCAAGGGCCAGACAUGUUUAGUUUAUCGAUAGGCUUUGUGUCAUAUGGUCUUCUCACUUACAGUUCGGUCGACAUAAAGUCCUAAAGAAGUCAGGAGAAACUUCCUCGGCCAUCAUAGAAAAGAAGCGCCCAAAAAUGUCAAAAAAAAUGACAAAAA